AUGACAGCUGUUGUUCCCGCCUUGCCAUGGUUUCAAAUCCGCCAGGCUCACGCUUCCCACUUCUCCUUGGCUCCAGUUGCUGAGUCAUCAGGAUACGUCAACACGAGCUGCCUCGCCGUCCCGGACGACGAGGACGGCGUCCGCGACGCGCUCCGCGGCAUGCUGAGGUCGAUCGGGGCGCUGCAGGACCUGGGGCACAGCGACGGCGAGUGGGAGUCCAUCGUGCCCGAGGACGUGGUGCCCGACCUCGCGGACCCGCAGGCGCGGGCCCGACACGGCGCCGCCAAGGUCGACCUAGCGGUGGUCCAGCACGUGCGCUUCGACGCGGCCCGGGUGCUCAUGACGGGGUGCGAGAAGAUCGGCGACGAUGGUGUGGCGGAAGAGGAGGGCGGCGUCGACGUCGAGUGCAGCGUCUGCUUCGACGCGCUGCUGCGCGGGGAGGCCGUGGAGCUGCCGGGCUGCGAGCACGCCUUCCACCGCCGGUGCAUCUUCGAGUGGUUCCGCCAGAAGCCGACGUGGUGA